AUGGAGAAGUUCCUGCGCAACUGGCGCCAGGAUGCGCUGAAUCGCGGUCAGCAUGACGCUGCCAUCUACAUCGGCGACAAGGUGCUGGCUCUGACCAACAGCGACGCCGAUGCGUUCUGGCUGGCCCAGGUCCACUUCAACAACAACAACUACACGCGCGCCCUGGCUCUGCUGUCUCGCAAAGACCUGAUCUCGCGAAGCACCUCGUGCAAGUACCUGGCCGCCCACUGCUACAUCAAGCAGAACAAGUUCGACGCCGCCUUGUCCAUCCUGGGCGAGCAGAACCCCACCCAUCUGAUCAGCAGCGCCGGCCACGCCCGCCGAAAGCUGCAGCAUCUGAACGGACACAGCCAUGUCACCCUCCGCAAUGGCAAGACGACGGCUUCCCGGUCUGAUCGCGUCGACCGAAGCGAGGAGCGCGAACGGGAGGACGCCAACAACAUCCGCUUCGAGGCCGCCAUGUGCUACCUGCGCGGGCUCUGCUACGCCAAACAAAACGCCUUCGAUCGCGCACGCGACUGCUACAAGGACGCUGUCCGGAUUGACGUCCAGUGUUUUGAAGCGUUUGACCAACUCAUGAAGAACUCGCUCAUGUCCCCCGCCGAGGAACUCGAGUUUCUGGAGUCGCUGGACUUUGACUCGAUCACCGUGCCAAACGACCCGUCCGUGUCGCAAGAGGCCGCCCAUUUCGUUAAGAUGCUGUAUACCACUCGUCUCUCCAAAUACUCCUCUCCCUCCGCCCUCUCCGACGCGACCGAAACCCUUUCGACCCACUACAACCUAGCGAAUAAUCCAGACAUCCUGCUCUCGCGCGCCGAGGCUCUCUACACUCAAUGCCGAUUUCAUGAAGCUCUCGAACUCACUUCCUCCAUUCUCUCCUCCCCAGAGUCCGGAGCUGUCUUGUCGUCAUCCCCCGGUCACCAGGUACAGAAUCUGGGACAUUCCCCUGCCGUCUACCCGCUUCACCUCGCUUGUCUCUACGAGACCGGCCAGACAAAUGCUCUGUUUUUGUUGGCACAUACUCUGGCCGAUAACGCGCCGGAAGAAUCCUACAGCUAUCUGGCGAUUGGAGUCUACUACCUCUCUGUAGCCAAAAUCGCUGAAGCCCGUCGUUUCUUCUCCAAGGCUUCUCUUCUCGAUCCGCAUUCGGCACCCGCCUGGAUUGGUUUUGCUCAUACUUUCGCUGCUGAGGGUGAGCAUGACCAGGCUAUUGCGGCGUACAGCACUGCUGCUCGAUUGUUCCAGGGCAGUCAUCUCCCGCAGUUGUUCCUGGGCAUGCAGCAUCUGGCUUUGAAUAAUAUGUCCCUGGCUCACGAGUAUUUAUCUGCGGCUUACGCCAUGUCGUCCGGUUCGCCUUCCGGGUCGCUGUCCACGAUUCCAAGCAGCCUUUCGAACGGUCUUCCUCCGUUGGGUGGGGAUCCUCUCGUGCUCAACGAGCUAGGAGUCGUCCUCUACCACCAAUCCAACCUGGAGGCUGCUGCUGACCUUUUCCGUCAGUCAUUGGCUCUGGCUGCGUCCCUGCAGUGCGAUCCGGCGGCGUGGGUGGCCACGCGUGCCAACCUGGGCCACGCGUUGCGCCGUCUGGGUCGUCUUGAAGAGGCCUUGGCUGAAUUUGACGAAUGUCUUCGAAUUGGCGCUGGGGGAAGUUCAACCGGGUAUAGUACUACUCUGGGUGGUGCGGCACCAUCGUCAGGGGUGGGCGGAUACGAGGACCGCGGUCUGAUUGGGUCUCUUCACACUUCUCGUGGUCUGGUGUAUCUCGAGCUUGGCCGGACGAUGGAGGCCGUUACGGCACUGCAUGAAGCUGUGAGGGUGCUGGGGGUCAGCGGCGGAGAUGCGGCGGGCGGUGCCGGCGUCGCGGGGACCCUGCUCUCUCGCGCACUAGAGUUGUGGGCACUGGAGGGACGAGGAAAGCAGAGUCCACGAGCAGAGAGAUCUGGCAGCAGCGGACGAGGGAAAGGAAAGGCAUCGGCAAGGACGAGAGAGGAGCCGUUCGUAGAAGAGAGCUGGACGGACGAGGUGGUCGAUGCCGAGGCGUCGGGGCCGGGGACGGUGGAAGAAACAGUGGAGAUGGAAUUGGACCAGGAGGCGGACGGACUGCUGGGUCGAGCGCUUGGCCGCGUCCGACCUCGACGGACCAGGAGAGCCGGAGGAGGCGUGGAUGUGCCGCGGGAGAUGGAGGUCGAGGCAGCUGAGGGCCGUACUCGCGGGUCAUCACGGCCGGUCAGCAGUCGACGAAGUCCGACACGUCGAACGCGAAGAGACGGUGGUUGA